UUACCGGCCUGAAACGCUCUUAAGCAAAUGAAGGCAGAUGCGCUUUCGUCCGACGAGGAAGUGUUCCUCAGUUGAACCUCCGCGCUGAGGAAAUAGUUGGGGCUGAGAAAGAGAAAAUGAGGAAGCGAGCGCUCCACUCAUCCUGAACCGACUGGGGCUUCAGCAGAGGCGCCCAGCAGGCGUAGCAGAAGAGCCAAGACGCCGGGGCGAAGUGUGCCGAUUUGGGAGCUGGGGCCGAGGGAGGCGAAACCUUGCCCGGAGAGCCUCAGCGCUGACGUGGAUUUCACCUUGGGGGCGCGUCUCUUCGCAAAUUCCCUCACGCCGCUGGAAAGGCAGGGGCUCGCGAGCAGAGGCCCCGGUCGGAGGUUCCCACCACCCGUUGGUUUCUCAAGUGUAAUAUAACUUCAAAAGCAAACAAGCAAACAGACCAGUGGGAAAAAAAUGGCAGGUUUUAAUUCUGUUAGCCACCUAACCUAUUUUUUUGGCAACAUCACACGUGAAGAAGCUGAAGACUACCUGCUGCAAGGAGGACUAAGCAACGGACUCUACUUGCUGAGACAGAGCCGAAACUUUCUAGGUGGUUUUGCUUUGUCUCUGGCAUAUAAUAACAAGGUUUAUCAUUAUACCAUUGAGAGGGAAAUUAAUGGCACUUAUGCUAUUACUGGAGGAAAAUCCCACAGGAGUCCUGUAGAACUCGUUGACUACCACUCAGAUGAAAUUGAUGGUCUAGUGUGUUUACUCAAGAAACCAUGUAAUCGGCCACCAGGAGUGGAACCCAAAACAAGUCACUUUGAGGACUUAAAGGAAAAUCUAAUCAGAGAAUAUGUUGAACAAACCUGGAAUUUACGUGGACAUGCCCUUGAGCAAGCAAUUAUUAGUCAGAAACCACAACUGGAGAAACUGAUUGCUACAACAGCACAUUUGAAAAUGCCCUGGUUCCAUGGGAUGAUAUCUCGGGAGGAAUCAGAGCACCGUGUGCUUCUGGGUACAAAGACCAAUGGAAAAUUUUUGAUUAGGGAAAGAGAUAACAAUGGAUCCUAUGCUCUUUGUUUGCUUAAUGAAGGCAAGGUAGCACAUUAUCGCAUUGAUAAAGACAAGAAAGGAAAACUUUCAAUCCCAGAUGGAAAGAAAUUUGAUACUUUAUGCCAGCUAGUGGAACAUUAUUCCUACAAAGCAGAUGGACUUCUAAGAAUAAUCACAGACCCAAUUCCAGAUCCAGAUUUUCAGUCAAGAAAUAGUACAUUUGAUUUUGGCCAAUCCCCAACACUUCCUAAACCUCGCAGCUCCAAGACUUGGUCAACAGGUGGAAUUAUCACCAGAAUCAAAUCAUAUACUUUCCCAAAGCCAGGAAGCAAAAAGCUAUCUUUCUCUGUUCCUGGCCAGAAAGAUGAUUCUGCACUACUUGCAAUGAUUAACAGUUAUGUGCCCUCAUGGGCAAAACGAGGUGAACAGAGAGAACCUUUGCCUAUGGAUACAGAAGUUUAUGAAAGUCCAUAUGCAGACCCAGAAGAAGUAAAAGCUAAAAAUGUCACCCUUGACCGAAAUUUACUGACUUUGGAGGAAAAGGAACUUGGUUCUGGUAAUUUUGGUACAGUAAAAAAAGGCACUUACGAAAUGAAAAAAGGAAAGAAAACUGUGGCUGUGAAAAUUCUCAAAAAUGAAAGUAAUGAUCCAGAUAUAAAACAUGAACUCCUAAGAGAAGCAAAUGUAAUGCAACAACUUGAUAACCCAUAUAUUGUCCGAAUGAUUGGAAUAUGUGAAGCUGAAUCUUGGAUGUUGGUAAUGGAAAUGGCUGAGCUUGGCCCCUUGAAUAAAUAUCUUCUCAAACAUGGAGAUGUCACAGAAAAGAAUCUAAUAGAGCUGGUUCAUCAAGUUUCCAUGGGAAUGAAAUAUUUGGAAGAAAAUAAUUUUGUGCACAGAGAUUUAGCUGCAAGAAAUGUGCUUCUGGUUACACAACAUUAUGCCAAAAUCAGUGACUUUGGACUUUCAAAAGCUCUUGGCUCUAAUGAUUAUUACAGGGCAGAACAUCAUGGCAAAUGGCCAGUUAAAUGGUAUGCCCCAGAAUGCAUGAACUUCUUCAAAUUUUCUAGUAAGAGUGAUGUUUGGAGUUUUGGUGUGUUAAUGUGGGAGACAUUUUCCUAUGGGCAAAAGCCAUAUAAGGGUAUGAAAGGAAGUGAGGUUGCUCAGAUGAUUGAAAGGGGAGAACGAAUGGAAUCUCCACCGGGCUGCCCAUCUGAAAUCUAUGGAUUAAUGAAAUUGUGUUGGACAUAUAAUGCUGAUAAUCGGCCAUCAUUUUUUACUGUUGAAUUAAAGCUACGUAACUACUACUAUGACAUUGCUCAGUAAGAAUAUUGUGGACUUACAGUGAAGACAUCCCAGAAAACUGAUACAAAAAUUUUACUUUUCAAAUAAGUUGCCGAGUACCAAAAUGCACUCCAGAAGAAUCGUUGUGAAAAUACAGUUGCUGUAGAAUUGCCUUGCUAUUUUUAAAAGCUUGCUGGUAUCUAAAGUAAUAUUUUCAGAGUGAACUACUUUGAUGUUCAAGAGUUUAGCAUUAAUUAUACAUUCCUAGUCUAUUAAAAAAUGGAUUUUGUUAGAGAUUUGAAACAGUUUAGGUUGCCCCCUGAUACUUCUCUUGCUGUUGGAAUGUACCACCUAUUGUGAUAUCAAAAGAACAUUUGUAUUUUCAUCAUUGCUACCGCUAAGAGAAUUUGAUACUCUCACUUUUGAAAACUCAGAGGAGAGAUUGGUUUUAAUUUAGAAAUGAGCUGAGAAAGUUAGAAAUAACAGAUCAUAGCUUUGAAACAUAUGGUAUAUAUGUGCAAAACAAGAGCCAUAUCCCCAUUUCUGCCAGAUGUUCCCCCUUGGUAUUUAUUGUUUGGAAAAAAUAUAAACAUCUGUAAACAAAAUUGGCAAGUUAUUUCAUACAAUCACAACAGAUACCUAUUGUUAUUUUAAUAUUUAAGGUUGCAUUUACUAAAGAAUAAAAGUAAAAAAUAUAGAUGAAUUAGCAUCAGCACUUAACCUCAGUCUGUUGUAUCUAAUAAUCAAAACAGUGGUGGGCUCUGGGAACCUUAUUUAUUUAGGUUUAUUCUAUAUUAAAACCUUAAUUUGUUAGGUGACAUUAAAUCGGGCUUGUCUGCUGGGGUACUGCUCAAUAUCUCAAUUUGUCUCCAAAAAUAAUCCAUAACUCUUCCAGUGACAAUUAUGUAAAAUUUUGUACAUCUUGUCCAUCUACCUUAACCACUGUCUACCCUUUCUUCUACUUCUCCAGUGUUGACAAGCAAAGUCAUAUUUUUAAAUCUAUGAUCAGCUCACAUUACAUUUUCAAAGUUUGCAAAUUUCAGCUUACUAAUUAUUGCCUCAGUUAAUUACCUUUAUUUGGCUCAGGAUUGAAUAAUUAUUUUUGCAUGAUAUUCUUACUGUCUCCGGGUCCAUAAUUUGAAGUUGCUUCUCUCAUUCUUUCUCAGUGUCCAUAUAUGUUAUUGGAAACACCAUUGCUUUAACUAUUCCGAUCAUUGUGGUCAUCAAAUACCCUCCUCCAAAAUAUCCUUUGAGGGCUUUUCCCCACUUGCAUCUAACCAUAAUACAAACAUACUCUAGCAACUUCUUUAUGCUGCUAUGUUCCCAUGUUGUUGUCUUCAUCUUGUCCCCAGCCCACUGAUGAGACAGGCUUAAGUUGUCCUUAUCCAUUAUUAAAGCAGUGUUUUCACUGUUACAGUUCAGGAACCCUUAGUCUUUCCAAAGUGUGAAAAAUACACUUCAUGGACUAUUCUGUCAGCAGCACAGUCAGGUGACUUCUAUUGUGUAGGAUCAGCUUCAAGUUAGUGCAAUCACACACUUUCCCCUCAGUUCCCAGGCAUGUCACCAUUCUUUUUUCUUAACCUCUGGCAGAAAGCACUGGGCACAGCUGCUCCAGACCCAGCAAUUUCAUCAAAAACAAGUUGUGAGGACUUUCCAGAUGCAGGAUAGGGAUUGGCAAUGGGACAACACAUUUUAUGCCAGUAUAGUUUUCUGCUGACUCAAACAUAGGUAGCCACUUUAACUAGGCAGUAGGGAAGGGCCCUCUUCGUCACUGCAUUUAUCCCCAGGAUUAAUGUCUUCUUUACUCUUUGUUAGAUAACCUUGAGUCCAAAAAGAUAACACUUGCCGUCUUCACUGCAAAUGUAAGCCUAUAAUAUUAAUUGUAGAUGACUAGAUAACCUUCCAUGGCUGAUGUCCAAGACAUUUUGAUGAGAAGUAUCUGCAAGCAACCAAGAAUUUGUCAGCUUAAGCAUGGGGAGACUAAGUGUUACUGAGCUGAUUCAUACAAUAAGAGUUUCUAAUAUUGCAUCUACUGUGCAAAAGUACUUUUCUGUGUGCUUUUUGUAUUUUCUGUAAUAAAGGGCUAUCAGAAGAAG